AUGAUUCCGGAGACGUUCGAGUUCGCCAUAGAUCGGGGCGGCACGUUUACAGACGUGUACGCCAGGUGUCCGGGCGGCAAAGUUCGAGUGAUGAAACUGCUCUCGGUGGAUCCCGCCAAUUACGAGGACGCGCCGCGCGAAGGAAUUCGGAGGAUACUCGAACAGGAAACCGGACGUAAGAUCGACGGAGAAAUCGAUACUUCGUUGAUAUCGUGGAUUCGAAUGGGGACAACAGUCGCGACGAACGCGUUGCUGGAGAGAAAGGGCGCGAGGAUGGCCCUUCUGAUAAACGAGGGUUUCAAAGAUCUACUUUUCAUUGGAAACCAGGCACGACCGAAUAUAUUUGACCUGCAAGUAACCACACCGGAAGUCCUUUACAAGAGGGUCAUAGAAGUGAAGUGCAGGGUGGUACCUGCUUUACCCGGUAGAUGUUGCCUGGAUUCGAAAAAGUGGCGAACAGUGAAGGGUUCCACGGGCGAAGAUCUGUUCGUGACGCAGGAACUCGAUGAAGAGAGGUUGAAGAAGGACCUGGAGGACCUACGACGAUCUGGGAUUGAGAGCUUGGCGGUGGUUCUAGCGCACAGCUACAUGUUCGCUGAACACGAGAUCAGAGUCGGUGAACUGGCGAGAGAGGCUGGUUUUCCUCAAGUGUCCCUUUCCCACGAAGUUAUGCCCAUGACGAGGAUCGUUCCUCGAGGCUUCACCGCCUGUGCUGACGCGUACCUGACGCCGCAUAUUAAACAGUAUUUAGAGGGCUUCGCCUCGGGAUUCAAAGAUAAACUGAAGGGCGUGAAUGUGCUAUUCAUGCAGAGCGACGGUGGAUUGACUCCAAUGAACUCGUUCAACGGUUCCCGCGCUAUACUUUCCGGUCCAGCCGGUGGAGUGGUUGGCUACGCUAUGACCACCUAUGGCAAGGAGACCAAUUUACCGGUGAUUGGAUUCGACAUGGGUGGGACCUCUACCGACGUCAGUCGUUACGGUGGUAGCUACGAGCACGUGUACGAGAGUACCACGGCUGGCGUGACGAUCCAAGCCGCGCAGUUGGACGUGAACACAGUUGCGGCAGGAGGUGGAUCGAUGCUUUUCUUCAGGUCGGGUCUCUUCGAGGUCGGACCUCAGAGCGCCGGAGCACAUCCUGGACCAGCGUGCUACAAGAAGAAUGGCCCUCUAGCGGUGACUGACGCGAAUCUGGCUCUAGGACGAUUGUUGCCCGAGUAUUUCCCGAAAAUAUUUGGACCGAGCGAGAACGAGCCGUUGGACAAGUCGCGGACGAUGGAGGCGUUCCGUGCACUUACCGACGAGAUAAACGAAUUUUUGGCGAAAGAAGGCCAGAAGUCGAAGACGGAUAUGACGAUCGAAGAAGUGGCUAUGGGAUUCGUGAGAGUCGCCAAUGAAACGAUGUGUAGACCGAUACGAGCUCUAACACAGGCUAAAGGAUACGAUACGUCUCGUCACGUUUUAGCUUGUUUCGGGGGUGCUGGUGGACAACACGCGUGUGCGAUUGCACGGUCCCUCGGAAUGGGAACCGUUUUCGUGCACAAAUACGCGGGAAUUUUGUCAGCCUAUGGGAUGGCCUUAGCCGACGUUGUGGAAGAGGCUCAGGAACCUAGCGCGGAAGCUUACGAAAAAGAAUCGUUUGCGCGACUGGACGAGCGUCUAGAUGCUUUAGAGAGAAGAGUUCGAGCUAGGCUAUUGAGGCAAGGAUUCGCAGAGUCUCACAUAAUUACUCAGCCAUUUUUACACCUGCGUUACCAAGGAACAGACUGCGCAUUGAUGUGCACGCCGAAUCCAAAAGGGGAUGGAAACGAGGGUACCAGACAUGGCGAUUUUCUGACUACGUUUCUAGAAAGGUAUCAGACGGAAUUCGGCUUCACUAUGUCGAAUCGAAAAAUUUUGGUCAACGACGUGAGAGUACGGGGAGUGGGGAAGACUGAUGUAGAUGAAGAUCCGACUCUACCGUCUUCUGAAGCACUUCCCAAGUUGGAAAAGACAACGAUGGUCUACUUCGAGAACGGUUACCUAGAGACCAAGGUGUACCAAUUAGCUUCCUUGUCGCCCGGCCACACGAUCUCCGGACCAGCUAUUAUCAUGGACAGCCUGAGCACCCUUCUGAUCGAGCCCGAUUGCCACGCAUCGAUCACAUCUCGCGGCGACGUCGUGAUAAUGAUCGGUCAAGGCCUGAAGACGGAGGUCACGACCGAGUUGGAUGCUAUUCAGCUCAGCAUUUUCUCCCACCGGUUCAUGAGUAUCGCCGAGCAGAUGGGCAGGAUUCUCCAGAGAACCUCGAUCUCGACGAACAUAAAGGAACGACUGGACUUCUCGUGCGCGGUGUUCGGUCCCGAUGGAGGAUUGGUGUCCAACGCGCCCCAUAUACCGGUCCAUCUGGGCGCCAUGCAGGAGACGGUGCAGUAUCAGAUGAGAGCCUUCGGGGGUGAAUUCACGCGAGGCGACGUGAUACUCGCGAAUCAUCCGUCCGCUGGCGGAUCUCAUCUUCCGGAUCUCACUGUCAUAACUCCAGUAUUUUACAAGGACGUGGCGAAACCGGUGUUUUUCGUGGCUAGUAGAGGCCACCACGCUGAUAUCGGAGGAAUCACACCUGGCUCCAUGCCGCCUCAUUCUACUACUUUGCUUCAGGAGGGAGCUACUUUUAAGAGUUUCCUCUUGGUGCACAAUGGUGUGUUCCGCGAGAAGGAAUUGACAGAAGAAUUGAUGGCUCCAGGCAAGAUCCCAGGAAGUUCCGGGACCAGGAACCUGUCCGACAAUCUGAGCGACCUGAAGGCUCAGAUUGCAGCCAAUCACAAAGGUUCGCUAUUGGUGAACGAGCUGAUCGAUAUAUACGGUCUGGAGGUUGUUCAAGCCUACAUGGGUCACAUCCAACAUAACGCGGAAGUUGCAGUCCGGGAAAUGCUGAAAUCUGUCGGAAGGAAGCUCUUCGAAGAAACCGGAAGUACCGUUGCAACCGCGGUAGAUCACAUGGACGAUGGAAGUCCGAUUAGAUUCACUUUGAACGUUGAUAUCGAGAGAGGCGAAGCGGUCUGUGAUUUUACUGGUACAGGAUACGAAGUGUGGGGAAACUGUAACGCACCUCGCGCCAUUACUCUGUCCGCGUUGAUCUACUGUUUGAGGUGUAUCGUCGGUCGAGAUGUGCCCUUGAAUCAGGGCUGUCUGAAACCGGUGAAGAUAAUUAUCCCGAAAGGAUCACUUUUGGACCCAUCUGAAGAAGCCGCAGUGGUCGGUGGUAACGUCCUAACGUCUCAACGCGUGGUGGACGUUAUUUUGCAAGCAUUCGGGGCCUGUGCAGCGUCGCAGGGUUGCAUGAACAAUGUAACACUGGGCACCGAGGAGUGGGGAUACUAUGAGACCGUAGCUGGAGGCAGCGGAGCUGGACCAACGUGGAACGGUAGAGGAGGAGUGCACACCCAUAUGACCAACACUAGGAUCACAGACCCAGAGAUACUAGAGCUUCGGUAUCCGGUGAUUCUGAAUAAAUUUUCUCUACGUCCCGGGACUGGUGGAGCUGGUUCCCGUCCCGGAGGCGAUGGUGUCAUCCGUGAGAUGACUUUUAGAACCCCGAUGAUGUUGUCAGUGUUAACGGAAAGAAGAGUGCACAGCCCUCCCGGAUUGGCCGGAGGAUUGUCUGGCGAACGCGGAAGGAACACGUUGCAGACGGCGGAUGGGCGAAGAAUCAACUUGGGCCCAAAGACUGCGGUGCCAGUGCGUCCAGGGGACACGUUCAUUUUGGAGAGUCCUGGCGGUGGCGGUUACGGUUCACCUGGUAAAGAGGCUACAUUAAUAAGGAAGACUACUCAAGGAUUCGUCGAGCGAGGAAGCGUCUUUGAAUACCGAAAAGCUCAAGAGUCUGUUUGAUAUGUUGAUUAAA